UACAAAUAACCUCUCAGUCGUCGAUUGUCAGUACAACAAAACCCUCGAAACACAGCAAAAGAGAUCCGAAGAUGGGAGUGGAGAAGGAAGUAGUCCGACCCGGAAACGGUCCGAAGCCCUCCCCCGGCCAAAAUGUCACCGUUCACUGUACUGGAUUCGGGAAAAACGGCGAUCUUUCUCAGAAAUUCUGGAGCACAAAAGAUCCAGGGCAGGAGCCAUUCACCUUCAAAAUUGGUCAAGGCCAAGUUAUUAAAGGUUGGGAUGAAGGUGUUUUGGGAAUGCAAUUGGGAGAAGUUGCUCGGCUAAGGUGUUCACCUGAUUAUGCUUAUGGUGCUGGUGGAUUUCCUGCAUGGGGCAUUCAGCCUAACUCAACUUUGGUUUUUGAGAUUGAAGUUCUUCGUGCACAGUAAAUUUCUUAAUACUGUGUUCACUAGUAAAAUUGUUACAACUUUGACUCAACAAUGACUUUAUCUUUGAGUUUUUAUGGAUUCUGUGUGUUGAUUUGGGAUCUUUUGUAUUGUAUCUGAAGGGUGAAAACUGAAUGUAGGUUUUUAAAAGAAUAAAAGUCACUAUACCAUCUAUGGCUAUUUCAAUUGA